AAUGGGAAAGUUGUGUGAGCCAGUGGAAUCUAAAUGGAUCAGGGAAUGGCUGCACCAUAAUUGAGCUGGCAGUGAUGUUUCCUUUGAUCAGCUGUGUACUUUUCUCAAUUUGAAUCAAACUUCAGGUUAUGUCAUGACUCCUGCAGAGUUGUCCAGACACUUGAGUCCUUGGUUCCUACUGCAGGGCUGUGUGUGGGUUGGGGCUCUUUCUCUCUUUGAAGAUGGAGCUGGGUUCCACCUUCCGAGCUUUGGGAAGCUUUAGUAGCUGCUAUCCUGUAAUACUUCCAUUCACAAGAAAUAGAAGCCACAUUUUGCUUGUUUUCACACUUUGAAUAGGAAUUUAAGUUGUGCUUUCUACAAUGUUGGGAAAAUAAUAAUGUACACUGUAACAUGAGCCUGAACUAUUGAUGAUAAAUGUACAACUAUUUGCUCGGUCAAGAAAUUAAAACAGUAAUACUUUUCUUGCUUAAUAGUUACAUUAUGUUGAAUACAAACUGAGUUUACUGCCUCUCGACGUGUGACUAGCUGUUUUGGUUUAGUGAUUUGAAAGGCAUUGGUGGCUUAGAUUAUUUUGUGUCCAAGGAACCACUUCCCAGUUAUUAUGUUGCUCUCUUAAAUGAGCAGCAUAAAAUGGACCAUGAAAUAAACAUACAGGAUAUUUUGGCAAUGCUGAUAAGCCCAUUGUUUUACUAGUGACCUAAAACAAAAUGCAUGGAUCAUCAUAUGCACAAAGAAUCUCCUCAGGGGAAACUGGAUUACAGCAGAGUUCCUUUUUAUAGUGCUUUUGUUGGGCUGGAAUACCGGGGUUAUAGAGGGCUUCAGUGAUGAGAGUUGAUUCCUGUUGUCCUAAAUCCAUGUGAUGAGCCACAUUAUGAUAGAAUUCUGUGGUACUUUUGUUUCCCCUUGUACUUUAGAAUAUACCUUUAGUGACAGUGGAAUUGAUCUGUUUUGGAGUUUUUUUGUUUUUCUUUCACUCUCAGUCCCUAUUUAAGGUGUCUAUCCUUGAGCAAUCUAUGAGUAAUAGAAGCCAAAUUGCAUUUAUGUGGUCACAUUGAUAACAGCAUUAUUUUUCAAAGUUAAAUUCUUUCCAACAAUAACAAUUAUAAUUGAGAAAACAUUAAAUUUGAGGAGUUAAAUUUUAAUUUUGUAGAAAUAUGGUUUACGGUUAUUGGGAGUAUACUCUUAGGACAUCAGUAGACUGAUUUUUUUGUCACCCCCAAGAAAGCGGCCCACUAUAUCCUAGCAAAGGUAGAUUUCUGGGAAAAGGUGGCUUGUUUUAUCUUUCAUUUAGCUUAACAAGUUAGUUAAUAUUGUUGAUCAUUUCUUCCAGAUGGCAUUUAUUAAAUAAUGUUUAUCACUGUACUGAUGAAUGCUUCAGCAACACUGGUGAACUCUAGGGUACAAGGAGUUCUUUACCUGUUGGCUCUAUCCCUCACCCCCAAUGUUGUAAAUGAGCCGUCAGACUGCAACAGCAUUACCUACUGGAACCUCAAAGUGUACACCAUCCCAGAGGGUACCUGCCCUGACUGGCACAACUGCGUCCAACAAUGACUUGGCGAGUCUUUUUGAGUGUCCGGUCUGCUUUGACUAUGUGUUACCACCCAUUCUUCAGUGUCAGAGUGGCCAUCUUGUUUGUAGCAACUGUCGCCCAAAGCUCACAUGUUGUCCAACAUGCCGGGGCCCGUUGGGAUCCAUUCGCAACUUGGCUAUGGAGAAGGUGGCCAAUUCAGUACUUUUCCCUUGUAAAUAUGCCUCUUCUGGAUGUGAAAUAACUCUGCCACACACAGAAAAAGCAGACCACGAAGAGCUCUGUGAGUUUAGGCCUUAUUCCUGUCCGUGCCCUGGUGCUUCCUGUAAAUGGCAAGGCUCUUUGGAUGCUGUAAUGCCGCAUCUGAUGCAUCAGCAUAAGUCUAUUACAACCCUACAGGGAGAGGAUAUAGUUUUCCUUGCUACAGACAUUAAUCUUCCUGGUGCUGUUGACUGGGUGAUGAUGCAGUCCUGUUUUGGCUUUCACUUCAUGUUAGUCUUGGAGAAACAGGAAAAAUACGAUGGUCACCAGCAAUUCUUUGCAAUUGUACAGCUGAUAGGAACACGCAAGCAAGCUGAAAAUUUUGCUUACCGACUUGAGCUAAAUGGUCAUAGGCGGCGAUUGACUUGGGAAGCCACUCCUCGAUCUAUUCAUGAGGGAAUUGCAACAGCCAUUAUGAAUAGUGACUGCCUAGUCUUUGACACCAGCAUUGCACAGCUUUUUGCAGAAAAUGGCAAUUUAGGCAUCAAUGUAACUAUUUCCAUGUGUUGAAAUGGCAAUCAAACAUUUUCUGGCCAGUGUUUAAAACCGUUGCAUUCAGUUUCACAGAGAAUAAGGCACCUGUCUGCCUACCAACCAGAAGCUUUUGGUAGGUGGAAGCUAGAAACAGGAAGGUAAAUGAAAGGCUGUUAAAUACAGGAAACAGUUGCAUGUAGUAACACUAAUAUAUUUAAAAAUAAGUCAACAGUAAACCACUGAAAAAAAUAUAUAUAUAUAUAUAUAUAUAUAUAUAUAUAUAUACACCCAAGAUGGGCAUCUUUUGUAUUAAGAAAGGAAGCAUUGUAAAAUAAUUCUGAAUUUGUGUUUGUUGUAGAUUGAGUGUACUGUUAAAAAAUAUUGGGUUCUUGUUUUUUUGUUUUGUUUUUUUGUGUGCGUGCGUGAGUGUGUGUGUGUGUUUGUUUUUUUUUUUCCUUUAACUGACAAGCCAUGUUGAGUGGUCUUGGACCACUGCUUUUCCCCUAUGUGAGUCAAUACAUAGUGCUGCUGUGUGUGUAUAUUUUUUUGUGUGUAUUUGCUAAUUUUUAUUAAUUCUAGUUUUUCAUUAAAUAAAUUUGACUUUCUUUUCUGUAAUUCAGGUUUUUCCUCACUUUUUUUUGUACCUUUUUAAAGUUAGUGUCUUUUUGAUAUGCAUAAUUGUUUAUGGUAAAAUUUAUACAUGUGUUCAAUACAUAUUUUCUUUUUCCCCCAUUAAUCAGUUCAUUAGAAAUAUUUUAAAUUCAACUAUUUUGUGAAGAUAUGAGUUUCAGAAAGGAAAGGUAACAUCGGAAGAAUUAUCAGAAGCUAUUUAAAGCAGCUAUAAAGUGAUCUCUCUCUUUCUCUCUCUCUUCUCCAGUUGAGUCAUACCUUCAAACUUAUUCUUUGUAAGGUUAGGGAGUACUGAUUUUUUUUUUUUUUUUAAUACUGGAAAAAAAAAUCAGGCUCUCCCCCUCCCCCAGAUACCUUGGACAAAUCACACAUGUUUAAAAUUUGUUCUUGUAUUUAUUGGUUUUGCAAAAGAAGGCAUCGUCUCACACAGUAUUUGUAAUUAAAAGCAAGUCAUUUGUUUAAAAAAAAGGCAGUUUGCAAAAAAAAUGUUUUUGGUCUUUUAUAAUUCUCAUUAAAAGAAUAUCUGGCAAAUUAAAAA